AUGUGUGUGUGCCGCCCAUCCCUGUGUGCGGCCAUGGCUGGCAGUGGGUACCGCAUGGGGGCGCGCAAGCUGGCAGCGGUGGGGUUUGGGCGCACAGACCUGCAGCACACGCGCGCUGUGGCCAACUGCAGCUGGCAGGCAUCAGACGCCGUGCUGCCGUGCACGGCCGCCAUCACCUACUCGCUCUCCGCCAACCCCGGGCACAACCAGGAGAUGCUCGUCACCGCGUCCUUUGACGCCCCUGUGCCCAACACCGGGGGGCACCUCACAGUCGCCAUCGACCAUCAGCCCUUUGUGCUGUACAGGGAGCGCCCCAGUGAGCACGAGGCGCUGGACCCGCCCACCACUGACCUGCCCGUGGAGGUGCUCGUGUGCGCGCUGCCGCCCGACCCCGCCCACCCCGUGCCGCUGCACUCCCUGCACGAGUUCCUCGAGUUCUACCGCCUCUCCGGGGCGGCACGGGUUGUCCUGUAUGACAACGGGGCGUGGCAGGAGGGCGGCAUGGCGGAGCAGGUGGCGGGGCAGGUGGAGCGAGGCGAGGUGGUGGUGGUGCCGUUCCAUGGCAGCCGCGACCACCAGCUGCACCGCCAGGGCAAGGGGUUGGCGGCGCAGGACUGUGCAUGGGGGGCGGGGUACACGGCACACUGGGUGGUGCCCGCGGAGCUCAACGAGUUCCUCUUCACCGGCUCUCAGCCCGCCGCCCUGCCCACCUUCCUGCGCACACACGGGGCGGCAGCGGUGGUGACGGUGGGAUCGCUGUGGUGGUCCAGCGCCAAGUGCUCACUGGACUUUGGAGCGGGCGAGCAGGGCGGGGGCAAGUUCUGGGUGGAGCGCAUGGUGUACCGCUGGCCGUGGCCCGUCUGCCACGACACCUCCGCCUUCCCCGACGCCAACCUCUGCCUCGGCGAGACCGGCUACCGCAAACCCAUCGUCGACCCCCGCAAGGUGGAGGCGCUGGGGGCGUUUGAGGCGCGGGCGGGGGGGGGCGAGGGCGGGGAGGUGGACGUGCGCACGGAGGAUGCGGUGUACAACCACGUGCAGGACCUCUUCUCCGCGCCCUCCUCCUCCUGGUGCCACGAGCUCUUCAAUGACGACCAGGGCCCCGAGUGGUGGGUGCGGGACACCUUCCUGCGCGACCACGCCCAGUCGCUCAGAGCAGGCCGCGUCUGUGACUUCGAUAAAGGCCAGUGCGAGCUGCUGUCGCAACAAUGA